AUGGCACCAAUACUCCUGCCUAGAGAACCGAAAGUCGUGGAGCAUGGAGAUCCGAUAAGUGUUAAUCUCCUUUCAGGGCUUACACCGUUCUUUGCUCUCCUUGGAGAGGGCUUCACAAAUGAAUACCUGUCCCAGUCUGUACAUUUCUGCGACUGGAUUGCCUUUGCUAUGGUCCCAACUGGUGUACCGUAUGCUGCAAAAGCACUUUAUCGGCUUUAUGAAAUGUCCAAGUUCGCUCCAGUGCCAAAGUGUGCGGAGACUGGUGCAAGGUUCUCCUUUGGGACUGAUGCGCAAUUUGCCGCUUUAGAGAAGUCUUAUAAUCUGGUGGAAAGGGACUUCCUCGCUUCUACUUCGAAAAAUGUCUGUGAGGUAUGGAAUGGCCGCAAGGUAGAAAAGACUAUCGCAAAUAGUUCACCGGUGAGAGAAUAUAUACUUGACGACACGGGAUUUUACCCUUCAUCGUCCCUAAAGUGGAUCUCUGGGGGUCUUCAAAUAAAAGGUAAAUCAUGUCUUCUGUAUACGAAGAUUAUCAAUCCCGGCUACUCUGCUCAUGCAGUUCUAGACAGCACACUUAUAACACAUGAAAAAUCAACUUGCCGAAGCCAACGUGACAAAACAUGGCAAGACGACACGGAGCAAAAUCUUCCACCUAAUCUCUUACUUAAUCUGGCACAGUACAACGAAGCAACGAAAGCGUUGGGCCGACUUUCAGCCGACGGGUUCUACCUGAACCCCAACACCUCACUCACCGUGAACUUUUCCGGCGUGAAGGAGACUGGGCCGAAACACCAGAUCCUGGUCGGUACUCCGGCUUUGGUGGUCCCGUCGGACCAUAAUGAUCUAAUGCGAAUUGAGCUGCAGCCGUCUAAGCCGUAG